AUGGGCGAUAACAGCACAUCUGAUAUUGGCGACGCGGCCUUGUACCACCUGGAGAGGUUCAAAAGAAGCCUCGACGCCCUCGACGGCAAACCAACGUGGGACCUCGCGGACACGGCCGACUUUGAUUGCAUGCACUAUCUCGGUGACGUUGCUCUGGAGAAGGCUGCCAAGGCAUUGGAUCUGAAGCCUGGUCAAACUGUUGUCGACAUUGGAUCGGGCUUCAGUGCCACCGGUCGCUACUUGAGCAAGCACUACGGUGUCGACGUCACAGGAAUCGAGCUCCAGCCCGAAAUCCACGAACUCGCCGAGCUGAUUACUGCACGAAACGGUCUCUCCGAGCACGUCCGAUCGGUCAACGCCGAUUUCACGACACUCACUCUCGAUGCUCCGGUGGACCACAUCAUCUCGUUCUUGUGCAUUCUGCACAUUGCCGAUAGAGAUACCUUGUUCAAAAAGGCCGCCAGUGCCCUCAAGCCGGGAGGCAAGAUGUACAUUGAGGAUUACUUCGCCCGGACAACGCUCAGCAAAGACGUCCGCGAUACAUUGCGCAACAUCGCGUCCUGCCCAUACCUCCCGAACCGCGAUCAGUACAUCGCAGACCUGGCAAAGGCAGGGUUUAAGAACAUUCAGUUUGAGGAUAUGACGGAGGAGUGGGCCAAGUUUGUGCAUGAGCGGGCAGUGAGCAACAGGCAAGGGGGGACUACCGCGGCACCGCUUACUUUGUUUUACGAUACUAUUGAUGCAUUGUUUGCUGGUGGCGAGUUGGGUGGUGUGCGCAUUACCGCCACCAAGGCAUAA